AUGGAGUUUGGCGGCCCCUUUUUCAAAGAGUUUGCCGCUGCGUGGUCAGAAAAAGACGGCUAUCGGCUGUCACGCACAUUAUAUCCAGACCUUCCGACUGAGAAACUAAGGAAGAUAUGGAGAAGCCAAAACGAGCAUGAUAUCAAGGGAGCCCUCAGACGCGGCCUCCAGAACAGUGGGGCAGCCCUGGAAGGACUCGUUAACAACGAGACACAGGGCUGGAUAGAAGUAUACAUUGCGUACUGGAAGGCCGUUGGUGACAUUCUUGCCGCUCGGGAAUCGAGCAGUGACAACAGCAAGUCGUCCCAGGUGGUAUGGGACAAAGCCUGUGAUGCAUGGAGAGAUCUGUUAAUUGUCCUGAUACGGGGCUACCAAAACCAUGGCUUCGAGGCAUGGACAAUACCAUGCCUUUAUGUGGUGGGCAGGCACCUGCGCUUGUUUUCCAUCAAGGCAGACGAUGAGCGCAGCAUCAACAACUCCUUUGACGACAAUACAGCAACGAACUUCCAGGAUGACGUAGAUCCCGAGACAGGGAAGCACGAGAAAUUGGAGGAGUGCGCGCGGGUCCUGAACAGAAUGUUCAUGCUCUGCGCAACUGACAGAGCACCAAUCGAAGAGUCAAGGAAGUGGGGGAUUUACUACAUUGUCAACCUCCUGCUCAAAACCUACUUCAAGCUGAACUCGGUGUCCCUGUCGAAAAACGUCUUGAGAAUGUUGGCGGCAGGCCAGCAAGACAUGCCUGCUUUCUCCGCCUUCCCGAAGUCUCAACAGGUUACGUUCAAAUACCAUGAGGGCGUCCUAUACUUUUGGGAGGAGAACUAUGUCGAGGCCGAAAAGCACCUGACACAUGCUUGGAACCUCUGCCACAAGGAUGCUAUAAGGAACAAGGAGCUGAUCCUGACGUACCUUAUCCCCUGCCACCUCAUCACCACUCACACCCUGCCGACUGAGAAGCUGUUGGAGCCAUAUCCGAGACUGCAGAAGCUCUUCCUGCCGCUAUGCCGAUGUAUCAAGAAGGGAGAGCUGCAUCUGUUUGACCUUGCGCUUCAGGAAGGCGAGGAGGAGUUCGUGAGGCGUCGCAUUUACCUGACAUUGGAGCGAGGCCGCGAUAUUGCCCUGCGUAACCUCUUACGCAAGGUGUUCAUUGCCCGUGGAUUCGAGGACGCAAAGGAAGGCGAAAAGCCGGUUCGCCGCAGCCGCGUACCGAUCGCCGAGUUUGCGGCGGCGAUCAGCCUAGGCAGCCAGGAGAAGGUCGACAACGACGAAGUCGAGUGUCAUUUGGCUAACAUGAUUUACAAAGUGAGUCAGGCCUCCGUCACAUUUUCCCGUUCACGAUUCGGUAGCAUCGCCAUUUCACCAUUCCCCCAAUAG